CACUCUGCUCUACAUAAUCAAUACUGGAGAUUGAUAGAUCCUCAAGGCAAACCAACUGGAGUUAUGGGAUGGUGGCCUUCGCGUGCUGUCACAUUUCUAGAGAACCAUGAUACAGGAUCAACACAGGGUCACUGGCCAUUUCCACGAGAUAAGCUUGCACAGGGAUAUGCCUAUAUUCUGACCCAUCCUGGAACAUGGAGCAGUGGAGCAGGACCUUUGUGUUGCUCAGACCCUCCAAUCCUUGAUCCACACAGUGGAGCAGGCCAUGUCGAGAAACUUGGUGGCCUUCCCACCUAUGUCAUCGGUGCUCCCUACUCUAAGCAUGCUGUUGUUCUUAUUUCUGAUGUAUAUGGUAAUUUUAUCAUUAUUUUGUUCUUAUUUAAGCUUUAUAUUAUAUUGGGUUCUUACUAA